AUGGAAUUAGUCAAAUCGAUCACUCGUCCUAGCGAAUUUCUUGCAUUGAUCCAAUUCCAGUUUGGAGCGAUGAAAACUGUGCAAAUCCAGGAUUGGACAAAAUUGUCCCCAACUCUUAAGAGGUGUUACCAAUUUCUGGUUAUGACAAGUCGUAGUUUUGCUUCUGUCAUACAAGCCCUUGAUGGGGAACUAAGGGAUGCUAUAUGUAUAUUUUAUUUGGUCUUACGUGCCUUGGAUACACUCGAGGACGAUAUGACGAUUCCAGUUGAAGAAAAAACGGCCUUAAUGAAAGAGUUACACGAAAAUUUAUACAACCCAGAGUGGAAAUAUAGGAGAAGUCAAGAAGUUGACAAAAUUGUCUUAGAAGAGUUUCCAGUUAUUUCUGCGGAAUUUCGAAAUUUAGAUAAAUCUUAUAGAGAUGUUAUACAAGAAAUUACAAAAAGAAUGGCCGACGGCAUGUGCAAGUACUUAGAUUGUGCUGACGUUAACUCUUUUGAAGACUGGAACGAGUACUGCCAUUAUGUAGCUGGUCUAGUUGGCAUAGGACUUUCCAGAAUAUUUAGUGCGUCAAAGUUGGAAGAUGAAAUUGUCGGAGAAGAUGAACCAUUAUCUAAUUCAAUGGGUCUGUUUUUACAAAAGACCAACAUUAUUCGCGAUUAUUUAGCUGAUAUCCAAGAAGGGAGAAAAUUUUGGCCAAAAGAAGCCUGGUCAAAAUUUGCAAAGCGACUGGAAGAUUUUCAAGAUGCUAGUAAUAGGGAUGAAGCCGUUCGUUGUCUAAAUUUUUUAAUUACUAACGCGUUACAUCAUGUACCGGAUGCCAUCAAAUACUUAUCCAGAUUAAGAAAUCAGUCUGUUUUUAAUUUUUGUGCUAUUCCUCAGGUUAUGGCUAUUGGUACAUUAGCAGUGUGCUAUAACAAUCCUGAUGUUUUCACGACUGUGGUUAAGCUACGCAAAGGUCAAGCUGUUUAUAUGAUGAAGCGUGCAGUGAGUUUAAAUGCUGCUAAAAUAAUUUUUCACGACUUUGCAGCUGAGAUUGCGAAAAUUGCACCAAAAAAUGAUCCAACUAAAGAUAAAACUCUCCAAAUCUGUGAAACAAUCUUGAUGUUGACUCAUGUAAAAGAUUCCGGUUCAUCCUACUUGCCAGUAUUAUCAGCCAGUAGUGUUGUUCUAUUUACGGCUCUUUGGUACUAUUAUAACGGAACCGAACAGGUCUAUCGCUUUUCUUAA